AUGUUGGCGGACUUGUUCAGAUCGAACACCAUUACUCCAGCCGUUAGACAGUCUAAUCCCAACAUUGUACAACACAAACCCAUGUAUGAUUAUUCAGGCUAUGGGCAAUCUUCUGGCAAGCCAAGUGAGCAGAACACUUAUGCUGAUGUAGAAGCAGCAUAUAGAUGCCUUGAAGAGAAAUAUGGGGUAAAAGAGGAAGAUAUCAUAUUAUAUGGGCAAUCCGUUGGAAGUGGGCCCACUUUAGAUUUGGCCUCCCGUUUAUCGAGAUUGAGGGCUGUGGUUCUUCAUAGUCCAAUCUUGUCUGGACUUCGAGUCAUGUAUCCGGUUAAGCGGACAUUUUGGUUUGACAUAUAUAAGAAUAUCGAUAAAAUAUCAUUGGUGGAAUGCCCUGUUUUGGUAAUCCAUGGAACUGCAGAUGAUGUUGUGGACUGCUCCCAUGGUAAGCAGCUUUGGGAGGGUUGUAAAGAGAAGUACGAACCACUAUGGAUUCAAGGAGGGAAACAUUGUGACUUGGAGACCUAUCCAGAGUACAUCAAGCAUCUGAAGAAGUUCAUAUCUGCUGUGGAGAAAACAGGGCAUUUGAGGAAUGGAUCUGGAUUGCAUUCAGAUCAUUUGGAGAAUCCUCGCAACAGCACUGAUUAUAGAGACAAACCUAGACCAAGCAUAGAUGUGAGAGAGAAAUCAAGAUUAAGUACUGACUGGAGAGAGAAGCCAAGGUUGAGCAUUGAUCAUCGAGAGAAACCAAGAGCCAGCACGGACAAGAGAGAAAGAUCACGAAAGAUUGCAGAUCACACUGAAAAAGCAAAUUACAACUCAGACCAGCCAGAGAAAGCAAGGAACAGCAUUGAUCGCUUUGGAGAUAUGAUGAGAUCAGCUGUAUGGUGCAAUAUCGACUGUUUCAAGCCUACCGGAGCAAGGGUCUGA